AUGGGCUCCGGCGGCUGCCCUGACCCCCGCGUGCCCUCCGGAGAAGCCCCCACCCGGCUGAGGCGCCCUGGCCCCUGCCCUCGGCCCGGCCCCGGCGGGGGAAGGUGGGGACACAUUGGGCACGCGGUGGGGGCACCCCGGGGCGCAGCCCGGGUGACAGACAACGCGGCACCUCCCACACCCGGUGGCCCGGCCGGUCCUGCUCACGCAGGUUCCUCCUGGGGUGGGCAGCCGGGGGCCGGGGCAGCCAGCGGGUCCCCCCAGCAGGGCUCUCGGGCCCUCACCCCCCACACUGCCCAGGGUGUGGAGGGCAGGCCUCCACGGGCAGAGGCAGCCCCAGUGACGGAAGGGUGCCGCCUGGCUUCCUGCAGAAUGUGCUGGAACAGAGAUCGUCCCACUGACGCCCAGGCCACAGGGGUCAGUGGCCUCCCGCCCACACCCCCUGUGGGGGCCCGAGCCCAGGGCCUGCUGCCGGGCACCCACCACCUCCACUUGGACCCUCUCCAAGAACCCACGUCAGCAGCAGCUGCGUCCGAACAGUCUUGGGGGGAACUGGUGGGCGGGACGUCCCACCCCAAGGAGGUGCCACCUGCCCCAGGCCCUUGCACCCCGACCAUGCCAGGCCCAGGAAUCACUUGCCCCUCCACCCCUCCUCCAUCCACUGUCCGUGUGAGGCUGGGCGUGAAGGGUGCCGUGGAUCGGGAAACGGAGGCACAGAGAGGCCCUUGGGGUCGGGAAAGGGCUGGUGAGCAGGCUCGGGGCACACGAUGGCCAAGCCGGGCUCCUGGGGUGCAGACAGCCCCCUGUCACCCCAGGGCCGAGGCACCCCCCCAGGAGACCAGGAGCAAGACGGCCCCCAUCACCCGACCUUGGCCAGGCAGCCUCGACCGCUCCAGGCGCCCACCCAGCCUUGCACCCGCCAGUGCCCGCCAAGGGCCUGAGCACCCCACACCCCCUCCCAGCCCCCCAGCAGCCACCUCAGCCCCAGCGGUUCCUGGGCCCCCCACGUGGCACCCUCCAGUCACCCCUGCCUGCCCACCUGGCUCACCCGUGAGGGGCCAAGCCUUGGGGGGUCGGCAGACGGGCCCCAGACCCUGUGGCACAGAAGCAGGGCUGCGGCUGCCGGGCAGCGUCCCCAUGGCCACCAGCCACUGA